AUGGGUCCUCUCACCUCGGCUUAUGCGGGAACUUUCACCAACGAAGAAUCUUACAGGAAUUCUGCGAUGUCAAGCCAACCAGUUUCUUCAGCUCGUGACGACACAGAAUUCUCGGUCAAUGGGACGCGGUUGCCAUCCUGGUGGGAGUCCUCAGAUGACUAUGAAGGCUACGGAGCUUCUACAAGCUUGAUAGCAACCAUAAAUCGCGUUAAGGGCUACGAUUUCAACACCAUGCUUGAUGCAGAUGGGAAGCCUCUGGACUCUCGUCUCCUCAGUUUCCUCGAUGAUUAUGUCAAUGAUCCCAGGAAAACAGCAGAAGAGAUUCACCAACUGUUGUCGAAUAUACGCCAUGACAUGGAAAUCCCGGAGGAAGAGCGUGGAGAAACCCCUGAAGCCCUGAGGUAUCCCCUUUACCCGCAUCAACAGCUAGCCCUCAAAUGGAUGUCAGAUAUGGAAGACGGAACAAACAAAGGCGGGAUUCUGGCAGAUGAUAUGGGUCUCGGUAAGACCAUUUCAACCCUGGCGUUGAUUGCUUCGCGCCAGUCUGCGGAUCGCAAUGUCAAGACAAAUUUGAUCAUCGGUCCUGUUGCCCUGAUCAAGCAAUGGGAACAGGAAGUGAAGAAAAAGCUGAAGGCAUCUCACAGCAUGAGCGUUCUUCUCCUUCACCAGAGGAAAAAGGUGUCCUACUCGGAGAUCAAGAAUUACGACGUUGUUCUCACCUCUUAUGGUCUGAUUGCCUCGGAAUGGAAACAAUACGAAAACCACAUCUCGGAGCGAAUCCAAACUUGCCCAAAUUAUAUGCCUGACUACGACCAGGAACUUCUGAAGAAGUGUCCCAUCCUCCAUCCGAAGAGUAAAUUUUAUCGGGUCAUUCUUGACGAGGCCCAGUUUAUCAAGAACAAGGAUACUCAGAGUUCCAGGGCAGUGCACCAGAUCCAGGCCACGUACCGUUGGUGCUUGACUGGAACGCCGAUGAUGAACUCGGUGGCAGAACUGUACCCGUUGAUCCGGUUUCUACGCAUCAGGCCAUAUAAUGACUUCAAAACGUUCCAAGGGGCAUUCCGGUGCCUCGCCAGCAAGAAUGGAACAAACUUGAGAAGGGAAACCUCAAUGCGUAAACUCCAAGCUGUCCUCAAAGCAAUUAUGCUCAGACGGAUGAAGAACUCUCAGAUUGACGGCAAGCCUAUCUUGACACUUCCCUCCAAAAUCGAACACGAGGAAAAUGUGGAGUUUUCUGAAGAUGAAAGACAGUUCUACACCGAGCUCGAAACGAAGUCACGUGUCCAAUUCAACAAAUAUCUCCGCGCAGGUACUGUUGGAAAGAACUACAGCAACAUUCUUGUUCUCCUGUUGCGACUUCGUCAGGCUUGCUGCCAUCCUCAUUUGACAGAGUUCGAAACUGUAAGCGCCGAUAUUGUUGACAACGACCAGAUGGUGAUAGUCGCAAAAGGGAUGGAUGAUGCUGUGGUCGAACGAAUCAAGACCGAGCGGAUUACGGACCCCUCUGCCGAUGCUUUGGAUUGCCCAAUUUGCUUCGAUGCGGUUUCGGAUUCGAUAUUCUUAACCCCGUGUGGUCAUGACACCUGUCCCGCGUGUUUUACUCGUCUCUCGGACGAUGCCACGCAAAGCAACAUCCGGUACGGCAAUGAACAUGGGGCCUUCAAGUGUCCCAUUUGCCGUGGCCCAGUUGAUCCCAAAAAGAUUACCAACCUCGCCGCAUUCCGGAAAAUUCACAUGCCCGAAAUGUUAAAAGAAGAGGAAACAAACGCCGCUUAUAACGAAGUUGAUAAAGUCGCGGAUUCUUGUUCCGAUUCCGAGUCGGGUUGUUCAUUCGAGGGCGAUUCUUUGGACGAUGAGGACGAUUACGAGGGCAACCUUGCUAGAUUUGUGGCGGACGAUGAUGUGAUCAAUGAUAGCGAAGCCGAAGAAGACGAGGACGCCAAGCUUGAUGCCGAAAUCGCAGCAUUCGCGAGGAUCAAGGAGGAAACUCGGCACGGGAAGCCCAUGGAGGGAAGAAGAGGUGGGAAGGGGAAAAGCCUACAGAAACGCAAAGACAAAGGAAAGGGCAAGGCCAAGGCCGAGGAAAUCCAACCUCAGAUGCUGACGAAGCUUCGAGCCGAGGCUUCCAGGAACAAAGACUCCAGACGUCGCUACAUGCACUACCUUCGGGACAAUUGGAUGGAUUCAACAAAAGUCACAAAGGUAAUGGGUCUCCUCCAGGAGUUUCAAGAGACAGACGAAAAGACAAUUAUCUUUUCGCAAUGGACCUCUCUCCUUGACCUGCUUGAGGUACAAAUCAAGUACAAGCUUAAGCUGCGCUACUGCCGCUACACCGGCGACAUGCCUCGCAACCAGCGUGAUGAAGUGGUACGGGACUUCGCCGAAAACCCGCGCAAUAGGGUCAUGUUAGUGUCUCUUCGUGCCGGGAAUGCUGGUCUGAACCUGACGAUGGCUUCGCGCAUCAUUAUUUGCGAUCCCUUCUGGAACCCAUACAUUGAGAUGCAGGCUGUUGACCGCGCUUACCGCAUCGGUCAGCAACGGAAUGUGCAGGUGCACCGUAUUUUGGUCAAGGAAACUGUCGAAGAUCGCAUUCUGGCACUUCAAGAAGAGAAACGGCAGUUGGUUGAAGCUGCACUGGACGAGGGAUCAUUGAAACAACUCGGAAGGCUGAGUGAGCGUGAGCUGGCAUACCUAUUUGGUGUUGGUCCAAGGGGAGGUUAA